CGACUUUUAACUGUGCACGCCGGCAAAACCUGAAAACACGGCUCUGGCAUGCAUGCCGUGACAGCAGCAUCACUAGCAGCCAGUCAGUCAGACAGUCCUGACAUUAGACCGUGGCUAGUGAUAAAUGAUCUACACGUGUAGCAGUGACAAUGGAGGAAGCGUCAGACAGAACAGAUGUGUGUGAGAAGCCUCCACCUCAGAACUGGAUCCUGCAGCACCCAGUGUACCAGCAGAUGAAGGACCUGGAGGUCGGGGACAGUGCGCAGGUUCAUGCAGCUUUUCUCGUGUACAUGGAUCUUACUGAAGUGCGUCGGUGGACAGAGGUGUCCUGUGUCAAGAUUCCUGAUCUGCAGGCGGUUUUGCUGGAAGUGAGGGAGAAGGAAGGUGGACCCGUUCAGACCGUCCUUCCCCUUCCCUCUCACCAAACUCUGAGCCACAGAAGCAUACGACACGUGCUGGACAGAGGCUUUCCUAUGCUGUUGUGUGCGGUGGCAUCUGACUCCACGCUGGUCUACCAGAGGAUGACUGAUGGGCUUGUGACACCAGACCCUCCUGUUGGGCCCUUCGAGGAUGUGGGACGUCGGAAGCACCGGAAGAGACGGCAGCAGCGCUGAGCAGCGGGUUGAGACAAUGAGAGAUGAAAUGUGCAGAAAGAGCUGCUGAUGACCUCAUGACACGCGGAUGUGUUUCUGUGGCGUCCUCUCAGACAUGGCUGUCGUGACUUCAAGUUUGCAGGAGGAGACACUGUGACAUCCAUCAUCGCCUGUAUACAAGAGCAGGAGAUGAGAGGACUGGCGACUUCAAGGACCUUUGGCUGUCUCCUCACAGGAAGGUUGAUCACCUGUCGUCUCAGAUGUGACACCUGUCUUUUCACAGUUCCCCUGCUUUGGACGUUUAUUGACAAUGACAGAAACUUGGGAAGAUGUGGGAGAUAAAUGGAAGAUAGCGUCAACACUAAUGCAUGUUGCUCCUUCAUGUGAUAUUAAGUGGCUUUAUUGACUUCUUCCAUAUUAAAUAUACAAAAGCCAAGUGAUUGGAAGAUUCCA